AUGGAAAUCAGGAACCCAAGACGCGUAUUGACCGUAGGAGCGCCAGACGCCGGCGUGUUGAAAUUACUCGAGGAACUCACCGGUUCCGCCCCAGAGCCUAUCGCCGGCACUACCGCCGGCCUCACCCACAACUGGCGUCUCGAAACAAAAUACUACACUGCCACCCUUCCCAUCUGGAUAGACGAGAUCCCCAACAUUGUGGAAUGGCGCACCGAAUUCGUCAAGCCCGAGGCGGGCGAGGUCAUCACCGUGCUGGGAGGCUGGAUAUACUGUUUCAAGAAGCCCGUGCAGGAACAAGAGCUCGACACGAUCAAGGCUACGAUGCAGGCCAUUGCCGAUGUCAUUGAACGCGCGUGUGGCUUCGGGGGAGACCAGGUAUGUCUUGCGGUCGCGAUGCCACAGUCUACAACCCCGUAUCUGGACAAGACCGGGGAGCAGUGGGAGGAGCUGGCGGCCGAAUAUGGCUUCGAAUAUGUCGAUUUCGAGGCCACGGGCAAGAACGACUUUGGGGAGGCUGUGGGCGUGCAGAGGGUUAGGGAGGCGCUGGAGGCGGGCGAAUGGGAGAGCACUGAUCCGCCGGAUUUUGGGGAUGCGGAGGGAUUCGAUGGCUCGUUGGCGGCGGAGGAGGCGGAGAUGAGCACGGAGCUGUGUGAUUUGCAGGGAGCGCUGCGUGGUGAUGGCGUGGGAGAGGAUAGGAUUGGCGAUGAAGAGGUGGAUGAAUUGGAGGUCAUGAUGAAGAAGAUGAGCGGAAACGCUUCGCCGCAAAAGCCAUCAACGACCUGA